GCAAUACCAAAACUCAAAAGACAAGAAACCCAAAUAUUCACUGAAAAGUUACCAAUUUGCCACAUGAAUUUGGAUUCCCCAAUUCAACGAUUCUUUAUAUAAACGCGCGUAGAUGCCUUCCCUCCAAAACUCUGUGGCCACCUCUCUCCUCCAAAUCAAUUAGCUUUGAUCGGAAAACACGAAUGGCAUCGACCUCCGGUUCUCGCCCCGACGGCGCAUCCAGAAGAAUCCAAUCCUCCGCCACAACGCUCUUCUCCGAAAAUCAAUCCCUAAUUGCUGAAAUUCGAAAAGCCAUCACCAUGAUGAAGGAAGUCGCGGUCGAUUUGGAGAGGCAUAAUGAGGCCCAGAUGGUAAAGGAGCUUGAAGAUGGUAUUCUUGAAUUGUUGGUAGCUUCUGAAGAUUGCUCACAUUUAUCCUCUGCAAUUCAAUCUGUUGGAAAUAAUUACCAGCCCGGGGAAGAGCUAGCAGAUUUUAAGAAGUUAUUUGAUAAUGAGAUUGCUAAGUCCAAGGCCAAUUCAUCUUCAGUUCCCCAAAAUCAUCAACUAUUACGCCAGUUUAAGGAAGCAAUUUGGAAUGUUCAUCAUGCAGGACAGCCAAUGCCCGGUGAAGAGCAGGAGGAUCUUGUAAUGACCAGUACACAAUGCAAUCUUCUGAACAUCAAUUGCCCAUUGACUGGAAAGCCUGUUACCAAGCUGGAUGAUCCAGUUCGAAGCUUGGACUGCAGGCAUAUAUAUGAAAAAGCGGCCAUUAUGCACCACAUAAGGUCCAAGAAUGCACACUCUCAAUGCCCCAUAGCUGGCUGCCCGAAAGUACUGGUGGCAGACAGAGUGUUGCGCGACCCCUUGUUACUUGUCGAAAUCGAUGAAAUGCGCUCAUUGAACUCGCAUUCUGCUAGACCUGAUGGGAUCGAAGAUUUCACAAUGCUUGAUGAAGAUGACUAGUUGAUGAGGCUUAGAAAAGUUGUCGUUUUGAAGGUCUCCGUUACGGCUCUUGACUAGGUAUGUGGUCUUAUCUGGAGUCAAGAAAAUAGGUCUCUGAAAAUACCGUGCUUGGAAUGAAACUAGUAGAUGUCUUCUGAGAAGCAAUGGCUCAGUUUCCAUCUUAAACGUUGGUUGUUGAGUUGUGAAAUAUAGUUUCAACCUUGUACCUUUGUUUCUUCGAUUGAGAUGUGAGAGAUGAUGCUCAUUCAGAUCUCUCUCUCUCUCUCUCUCUCUCUCUCUCAGGUAUUCUUAAAAUACUAUUAUCGCAGUUUGGUAAGUUGAUUAGCAA